CGGAAAUUUCUGACAUUGGUUUCGGACUUUGUUUCUUGGACGAGGAGAGGACCUUGCUCUGUGGCCUAAAACCCUGUCAAAUCUCUCUCUAAAGCUUUUCUGUUCUUUGCUUCUAACCUUUGUCUUCCUCUUUGAUCUGCAACUCACAAGUCAUUUCUCUCUCUUUUGGUAAAUGGGUUUUGGCCAGUUUGUCCUGGAGAUUAAUGGGGCUCAUGUUUCCAGGUAUUAGAAGAAGGAAUUGGACAUAAGGGACAAAUCCUUAGAUUCAUUUGUGAAGGAGAUUCGGGUUUUAUUUGUUUGGCAUGUGUCACUUAUUAUUGUCUUGAGCUGAAAUUUGGAAAGAUGACAAGGGGAAGGAUAAGGUCAAAGAUCCGGCGGAGCAAUCUUUACACAUUCUCAUGCCUCCAGCCUCAGACCACAGACACUGAAGGACCAAAUGCAGUUCAAGGCUCACGAGUUGUACAAUGCAACCAACCUCAUCUCCAUGAGAAGAAACCUCUGAAGUACUGCUCAAAUUAUAUAUCAACCACGAAGUAUAAUGUUGUUACGUUCUUACCUAAGGCAAUCUUUGAGCAAUUCCGGAGGGUUGCUAAUUUGUACUUUCUUUUGGCUGCUGUUCUUUCACUCACACCAAUUUCGCCAUUUACUCCUGUUAGCAUGAUUGCUCCUUUGGCGUUUGUUGUUGGGCUCAGUAUGGCGAAGGAAGCCCUGGAAGACUCACGUAGGUUUGUUCAGGAUAUGAAGGUUAAUCUCCGGAAAGUUAGUGUUCAUAAAGGAGAUGGUGUUUUUGGUUAUAGGCCAUGGCAUAAGAUUCGGGUGGGAGAUGUAUUGAAAGUGGAAAAGGAUCAUUUCUUUCCUGCUGAUUUGCUUCUCUUGUCGUCAAGUUAUGAGGAUGGGAUUUGCUAUGUGGAGACUAUGAAUUUAGAUGGUGAGACAAACUUGAAAGUAAAGAGAUGUUUGGAAACAACUUUGUCUUUGGACAAUGAUGAAUCUUUCAAGGAUUUCUUGGGGAAAAUCCGAUGUGAAGACCCAAACCCCAGUCUUUACACCUUUGUGGGUAAUUUGGAGUAUGAUCGUCAGGUUUUUCCUCUUGAUCCUACUCAGAUUCUCCUCAGAGAUUCAAAGCUCAGGAAUACAGCUUUUGUGUAUGGUGUGGUGGUUUUCACUGGUCAUGAUAGCAAAGUCAUGCAGAAUGCGACAAAAUCCCCUUCGAAAAGGAGCACAAUAGAAAAAAAGAUGGAUAAUAUUAUAUACAUCCUUUUCACUCUCCUUGUAUUGAUCUCAUUGAUCAGCUCACUGGGAUUUGCUGUGAAGACUAAGUACCAAGUCCCGGACUGGUGGUACUUACAACCCAAGAAACCUGAUGGCGUAUUUGAUCCUACAAAUCCUAGCUUGUCUGGAUUUUAUCAUCUGAUCACUGCUCUCAUCCUUUAUGGAUAUUUAAUACCCAUCUCGCUUUAUGUUUCAAUUGAGGUUGUGAAGGUUUUGCAAGCAACCUUCAUUAACCAAGACAUACAUAUGUAUGAUGAAGAGAGUGGGAAUACCGCACAAGCACGGACGUCAAAUUUGAAUGAGGAAUUGGGUCAGGUAGACACAAUCCUUUCUGAUAAAACUGGCACUUUGACAUGCAAUCAGAUGGAUUUUCUAAAGUGCUCCAUCGCCGGUACAGCAUAUGGUGUGCGUUCUAGUGAAGUUGAAGUUGCUGCUGUACAACAAAUGGCUAUUCAGGAGGAGGAGGAAGUAGACCUUUCCAAUUUUCCCAAGCGGAGAGGUGGUCGACAUGUUUCACGGGAUAAUGUCGAAAGAGCUUCUGAAAUUGAACUAGAGACUGUCAUCACUUCUAGUAAUGAAAAUGAUCUAAAACCUACCAUAAAGGGAUUUAGCUUUGAGGACAGUCGCCUGAUGAAUGGAAAUUGGUCUAAAGAGCCCAAAGCUGAUGUCCAUUUAUUAUUUUUCCGGAUAUUAGCAAUUUGUCACACUGCAAUUCCUGAGUAUAAUGAAGCCACUGGGAGUUUUACAUAUGAAGCAGAGUCACCUGAUGAAGGGGCUUUUCUUGUUGCAGCGAGAGAAUUUGGUUUUGAAUUUUUUAGAAGAACUCAAUCAAGUGUGUUUGUCCGUGAAAGAUAUUCCAAUUCUGGAGAGCCAGUUGAGAAGGAGUAUAAAAUUUUGAAUGUACUGGAUUUCUCCAGCAAAAGAAAGCGAAUGUCUGUAAUUGUGCAAGAUCAGGAGGGACAAAUUCUGCUUCUGUGCAAAGGUGCUGACAGCAUCAUUUUUGAUCGACUUUCAAGGAAUGGAAAAAUGUAUGAGGAAACCACUACCAGGCAUUUGAAUGAAUAUGGAGAAGCUGGAUUGCGUACAUUGGCACUUGCUUAUAGAAAGAUUGAGGAGUCCCAGUAUGCCACCUGGAAUAACGAAUUUCAGAAAGCCAAAACAUCUAUUGGCGGUGAUAGAGAAGCAAUGCUUGAGAGGGUAUCAGAUAUGAUGGAAAGAGAGUUGAUACUUGUUGGUGCUACUGCUGUCGAGGACAAACUGCAAAAAGGGGUGCCCCAGUGCAUUGAUAAACUUGCACAAGCUGGUCUCAAGAUUUGGGUUUUGACAGGAGAUAAGAUGGAAACAGCAAUCAACAUAGGAUUUGCCUGUAGUUUACUUCGACAAGGAAUGAAGCAGAUCUGUAUAACAACGACAAAUUCAGAUGCAUUAGUCAAAGAUGGCAAAGAGUUGUUUUUGGUCACUGAACAGGGUGCGAAAGAGAACAUUUUGAAUCAAAUCACCAAUGCCACUCAGAUGAUAAAGCUGGAGAAGGACCCACAUGCUGCAUUUGCACUGAUUAUUGACGGGAAAACUUUAGGCUAUGUUUUAGAUGAUAAUAUGAAGCAUCAAUUUUUGGGAUUAGCGGUUGAUUGUGCUUCUGUCAUAUGCUGUCGUGUCUCUCCCAAGCAAAAAGCAGAGGUAACCAGGUUAGUUAAAGAAGGAACUGGAAAAACCACCCUAGCUAUAGGUGAUGGUGCAAAUGAUGUUGGAAUGAUUCAAGAAGCUGACAUUGGUGUUGGCAUCAGUGGGGUUGAGGGUAUGCAGGCUGUGAUGGCUAGUGACUUCUCCAUUGCCCAGUUUCGGUUUUUGGAGAGACUUCUGGUAGUACAUGGACACUGGUGCUACAAGAGGAUUGCUCAGAUGGUUUGCUAUUUCUUCUACAAAAAUAUAGCAUUUGGUCUUACCCUCUUCUACUUUGAGGCAUUUGCGGCCUUUUCUGGACAGUCAAUUUAUGAUGACUGGUACAUGCUAUUGUUUAAUGUUAUACUUACCUCAUUGCCUGUCAUUUCACUUGGAGUUUUUGAACAAGACGUCUCUUCUGAGGUCUGCCUACAGUUCCCUGCACUAUAUCAGCAAGGACCCAAAAACCUGUUCUUUGACUGGUACAGGAUACUGGGUUGGAUGGGCAACGGUCUCUAUUCCUCCCUCGUUAUUUUCUUCCUCAACAUUGUCAUAUUCUAUGAUCAGGCAUUCCGUGUUGGAGGCGAGACAGCUGAUAUGGAAGCUGUAGGUACGACAAUGUUCACUUGCAUCAUCUGGGCUGUUAACUGCCAGAUUGCACUCACUAUGAGCCACUUCACAUGGAUCCAACACCUCUUGGUUUGGGGCAGCAUUGUCACGUGGUACCUGUUUCUCUUUCUCUAUGGCAUGAUGUCACCGCUUAUUUCUGGAAAUGCCUACCAAAUUCUAGUUGAAGUUCUUGGUCCUGCUCCUAUUUAUUGGGCAGCCACCCUUUUAGUAACAAUCACUUGUAAUCUUCCUUACCUUGCCCACAUAUCUUUCCAAAGAUGUUUUAAUCCAAUGGAUCAUCAUAUCAUCCAAGAAAUCAAGUACUACAAGAAAGACAUUGAAGAUCGACACAUGUGGACUAGGGAGCGAUCCAAGGCUAGACAGGAAACCAAGAUUGGGUUCACAGCAAGGGUGGAGGCAAAGAUUAGGCAGUUGAGAGGGAGGCUACAAAAGAAGCAUUCUUCAAACUUGGGUGCAUCAUGAUCAUGCCGAUGAUUUUAUCAGUUUUGAAAAUUUUCUUAGGGUUUGUAGCCAUUCAUAGUUUUAUACAGUGGCCUUUUUUAUAAUUUUUUUUUGUAAUUUUAAUCCAGUUUCAUUCGUUAUAGAAAUGUAUUAGAGCUUUGUAUGUACAACAUUUAUAGAGAUUUAUAGAGUUAGCAGCUUGUGAAGAUAGAAACUGGAGUCUGGUCUGGGUAUCAUGCACAUCACUAUUGGCUGUAAUUGGCUUCUUUACAAAUUCUAGAUAUAUAUCAUCCUAUAUUUGUUCAAAAUA